AGGUCCCCGCUGCCUUCUUUGCAAAACCGACUCUCUUGACGGUCAGAAAGUGUGUGAGGGGUGAUUGUCAAACGUUUGAGGUGCAUCAUCCACCCCUGCCCCGCUCCUCGGCUGUGGCGUCCUUAUCGCUACUGCUACCUUACCGUACAUUAUCCUCCGUCUUUCUCACGUCAUCAACGCGAUCGCGUUGACAAAGCCCGCAAGGGAGAGGGCAAACCUCUUCAGGGGAGCCUCUGUCAUAUCCUUUCACAGAACAGAUAGCGCACCAUGUUAAACUUGAAUUCACCAACAUCCCCCUUUCCGCUUUAUCUCUUUCCGAGCCUGCCCUUUCGCCGGCGUCGGAGCUCUGCUGUCAGCGAUGCCACAAACUCGACGACACCCUCACCAUCGUCUUCACCGCCACAACCAACAAGCUUCCUGGCAACGCGACCGACAUCGCACCUUCGCUGCCAAAAGUGUCUCGUAGACCUUGUACCUACGUCGUCCAUCAUAAGCAAAGGCUUCACUGGUAGACAUGGCCGAGCAUACCUUGUCAGCCCCCCAUCGGCAUCUACUUUCCUUCCGGGUGGCAACAUGUCCGCGACUGGCUGGUCAGAUGGAAGUUUACCAAAUACACUCACACACAAAGCUCAGCCGCGUCAGCUAGUCACGGGAGCUCACACCGUGUCUGACAUAAGCUGCCGUAGCUGCGGUAGCGUGUUGGGCUGGAAGUAUGUGGAUGCUGCCGAGGAUAGCCAGAAGUACAAGGUUGGCAAGUACAUACUGGAGACAAAGAGAAUUGUCAAAGGAGCCGAGUGGGAGCAGGAUAUGGAGGAAGAGGACAACGGCAUGGUGAAUGAGACCAAAGAUGAAGAUGUUGAAUUUGACUCGCAGGACGAAGAUGAAUGUGAGGACCUGUUCAGCGGGAUUUGGACUCCUCAGCUGGCAAGUAAGAGAAGGAAGCGCCGCGCAUACGGUCACCUCGAUCUGUCGCGUUAGGCAUGAUUAUUCUUUAUCACUUUUCCAUGGCGUUUUUAUAUGCAGGCAUCGGCGCAUACUUUCAAUCCCCACUACGACAUAUACCCCACCUCAGCCUGAUAUUCGAUCAGAUAUCUGGAUACAUUUCCAACAACCCCUGACCAUCACUUUGAUACCCCAAAUGCCAUAUUUACAUAUUCCAA